AUGGCUAAAACAGCACGAAGAACGAAGAGAAAGGGAAAAGGGCCUCAGUACCCUGCACGUCAAUCGGGCCACUCCAUGACGGCGGAGUGCAACUCGAGCGACGAGAGGCUGCUAAGAAUCACAGGUUCCCGAAAGCCGUCAUGGAACAGGACUAAACUUGCCAUAUGCACCUACAACUGCAGGUCUAUGGCAGGGUGGCAAGAACUGAACCACCUAAUGGAGGAGAGGAAGAAGAUCAGGUGCAACGUGUUAGGGCUGUGCGAGACGCGCUGGAAGAAGGAAGCGAGUAUACGAUGGCAAGAUGGAUGUAUUGUGAGAUUAGGAAGAGCAGAAGGUACUAGAUCGGUCGGAGGUAUCGGAUUCAUCGUAAGUAAGGAAUGGGCUUCGAGGGUCGCUUCUUGCCACUUCAUAUCAUCACGGAUUGUUGUACUAAAUGUGAACCUCUCAGGGAAGGCCACCCUCAAGAUUGUCCAGACCUAUGCUCCCACAAGCGCCAGCGACGACGACGAGGUGGAAGAAUUCUAUCGACAACUAGACAAAGGGCUGGCUAUGAAGUCCACUUACACUGUCGUGAUGGGAGACUUCAACGCAAAGGUUGGACAUGGACGACAAGGAGAGGAGUACGUCGGGAGAUUUGGCAUGAGAGAGAGAAACGAGAGAGGAGAACGUUUGGCUACCAUGGCAGAGGCGAGGCAGCUCUACAUCGGAAACAGCCUAUUCAGGAAGAGGGAGAGGAAGAGAUGGACUUGGAUAUCGCCGAAGCGAGAUCGACUACAUCCUGGUUGA